AUGGCUUUGCAAAGGAAAGAUCAAGAUAUUUUGAAUGCCAUGUCAUUGGUGGAAUCUACUAAGGGAGAAUUGCAAAAGCUUAGGGAUAAUGGAUGGGAUUCACUUAUGAAUAAAGUUUCAUCUUUUUGCGAGAAACAUAAUGCUGAAAUGCUUGUCAUGGAAGACGUCUUUGUUGAUCCAAGGAAACCAAGAAGGAAAACCAAUAUAACCAACUUGCAUCAUUAUAAGGUUAACUGCUUCUACACUAUUCUAGACUUACAGCUUCAGGAGUUCAAUGAUCGUUUUACGGAGGUAAACACUGAUCUACUUAUAUGUAUGGCUUCUUUAAGUCCUCUUGAUUCAUUUUGCGAGUUUGACAAGGAAAAGUUGGUGAAGUUGGUUAAGUUUUAUCCAGAUGACUUUAGUUAUGGGGAGACUUUGUGUCUUGAGCAGCAUCUUGAUAUCUACAUUGACAAUGUACGCAGAGAUGAAAGAUUUAAAAACUUGAAAAGUCUUGGAGAUCUUUCUUGUUUAAUGGUAAAAACCCAAAAGCAUCUUGCACAUCCUUUGGUUUACAGGCUUUUGAAGAUGGUCUUAACUUUACCAGUUGCAACAGCAAGUGUUGAGAGAUGUUUUUCGGCAAUGAAAUUGGUGAAGACGACUACACGCAAUAGAAUUGGAGACCAGUUUCUAAGUGAUUGUCUUGUUUGCUAUAUUGAAAAAGAGUUACUUGAUUCUGUCACAAAUGAAAAAGUGAUAGAAAGGUUUCAGAUGUUGAAUGAGCGUAGGGUAGUUUUAUAA